UUUUUCCUUUGGUUUCUGAGAUUUUUUCCCAAAUCUUCGUUCAUCCCUGCGUUGUCCUGUUUGUUGCAUUUCAGCCUUUUUCUCUUUUUUUUCGGGCAGCACUUCAACACCCAGAGCUGAGCCCCCCUUGCUGAGCCCUUCUUGGAGCAGAGAGGAAACUCGGGCUUUUGUCGUCGUACUUUGGAGAGCAGCAGAUGUCGCUCGCUGGUGAGACAACUCCUACAACGACGACCACGACGACCACGACGACGACGCGUUCUGCUGCAACGCCUGAUUCUGCUGCAACUGCAGGUGCUGCUGCUCCGGCGUGGAAGGAGCUCGUUCUGCAGACGUACGCGGCACUCGCUGGGCAGCCUCAACCUCUUCAACCAGGUCAACCAGCAGCUCCAGCAACCGGACGCCUGACUCUCGCUGCAGCCAUCGCCGCCGUUGCGUUUGCCAUUCUGUUCGCUGGCAUGGGUCCGCUUCGUCUACUGCUCUUCGGCUCGUCGCUCGCCGUCGCUGCAGCAGGCGGCUAUGCGUUGGCCUGCGUUUCACUGCGAGGGCGAAAACCAGCUCUCAAGCAUCUCGAGCCAGAGCAAGCUGAACGCGAAAGGCUGGCCCUGAAUGCGGCAGCGCAAGAGCUGCUGGACGGUUGCGAUGCAGAUGUGAACGAUGCACCGGGAUCGGUGUUGGACAUCUCCGAGUCUGUCAUGUCUGAGCGAUCGGCCGCCACAGCGCCCGCUGCGCUUUGCAGACGCUCGAGACAGCUGUCGCAGGUUGGGGAUGGGCUUCAAUCCACGCCCCAGCUCAAUCUUUCCGUUCCGUUGCACGCUGCCAUUUCCACACUGUGCGACUCGUUAGUGGCCAAUUACGUGAUGGGCUGGUAUGGGUACUAUAUUGGCGACGACGAUGCCUUCCUCAGCGACCUCAAGACGCUGAUUGUGAGCGCGUUCUUCAAGUUCCGCGUGUACUCGCCACGAUUCGACCUGCCCAUGCUGACAGUGUACCGAUUUGUGCACAUGUUUAUCGUGCACUUGCGUCAGUUCCGCGCAGCGGAGGAGUCCGGCAUGGACGUGGCAGCCUACUUUGGGCCCGCAGGUCCGGGUCAUCCCUACUUGCACUUUGCUGUGCGCAGCCGUGACAACGAGCUCCGCUAUUUGCGCCAGGUCGCAGACGUGCUCAUUCUCAAGCUGACGCCUCAACGAGAAAACCAGUCGCAAGUGUUUCGACACAUGUUCCGCGAAAUUAUUGCUCAGCACUGCUUGCUCCCGACCGUGCGGUAUCUGGCCGAUCCGGACUAUAUUAAUCAGAUGGUGCUAACCAUGCUAUUGCGGCAGAGGUUGCGGCCGUACGAUCGGGUGAAGCUGAAAGUGGUACAAGCCAAAAGUAUUCUUCACACCAAUGUGAAAGGUCUGUUGACAUGUCAGAUUGUACUGAAGACGAAGGCCGGCGAGCAUUCGACACCCAAAACCCCGCCAUCCUCUGGCUCACCCACCUGGAACGAUGAGGCAAUUGUGCCACUUGCUUCAGUUCAAGGUGACUUCCACAUGACUGUAUCACUGUACCAUUGUCCAAACUCGAAUCCCAGCAGCAACGUCUUGUUGGGGACCCAACGAAUCGAUUUGGCAAAACUGCCACCUGGCAAGGCCAGCAAGCAUUGGCACGCUCUCAACGACCCUGAAACUGGGGUUCAGAGCGGCCUGUUGAUGCUUGAACUGACACUGCUGCUUCGAGAAGACCUUGCCUCCACUGCCAGCUCCACGCCUGCCACCGUGACGGACGAUGCCACUGGACACGCUCCAAACAACGAAGCUGCGAUGAGUAGUGCAACCGCUGCAACACCCUCGCCUGUCGCUGCUGCUGCUGCUGCUGCUCCCGCUGCCGCAAAGCCAGUUCCCCCGCCUCGUCCUCCGCGUCCAGCUGCGCUUGUUGCUGCUGCUCGGGCUGCACCGACGUCGGCGUCUGACUCUCCCGCUACUCAAACGUCCACGUCAAGCACGGACACGCAAAGCACGGACACGACUCAAUCCACGGAUGUUACACAAAGCACGGAUACGCUCAUCUCCGAUGCAGCCAACGAAGCGUCGCUGCAGUGGAUGGUGAAGCAACAGCCCCAUGCAUAUGUCGACGCCAAUGUGACGGCUGCUCAGCUCGCGCGAUUGUCCGUUCCUGAGUCGACCAUGAUACUACAAGCCUCGCCUACCCUCACUCCCGUCCAGGCGGCUGUGCAGAUGACCCGCUUGCUUCGAAGCAAUGCCGCAUUUGGCUGCUUGAUGGACUACUUGACCUCUGUGAAUGCCAAGGCACUGUUGCAGUUUUGGAUUGACGCAGACCAGUUCCGUCAAGUGACGGCUGCUGCUGCAGGAGUGCAUACCAUUUCCACACCCGUUGUCAAAGCGGAAAUGUGUCGUCAAGAGGCUCGGCACAUUGUGCAGCAGCACCUCAAGCCUGACAGUCCCAGCCACAUCCAUGUGUCCAGUCGUGCAUUGGCCAUUGUGCUUUCAGCACUGGAAGACUCGACCGUGACGCCUGGACUGGAGCUGUUCCGCCCUAUCGAGUCAGAGGUGUUUGCACGCUUGUGCGAACACCUGCCUGGAUUCUUGGCCAGCUCUUUUUAUGCGAAUUUUAUUGGUGAAGCUUCCUUCCCUGCUGCAGCAACCGGCAAUUCCACGUCUGGAACAAUCCCGUCGUCAGCCAGCCAGACCUCCGUUGCCGACAUUGCGUCUUCCGUGAGCAGUGCUGCGACCGAGGCCGUUGUAGAAACACCGGUGAGCACAUCAGCCGAUGGUGCGCCGACUUCGCUGGCGCACACUCCCGGCGCACCUCCCUCGACGGCCAGUUCCGAAGCUCAUAUCGAAGCGCCCGCUGUCGCGGCUCCCGCCGAUGGUGACAGCAUCAUUCCAACCACAGGAUUGCCUCCGAUCGCUCUCCCAGUGGUCGUGCAGCCAGUCACGCUCACUCCAAAGGAACACGAUGACACCCCGGAUGUCGAUCUGGACGACGACGAACGUCUCAACCGCGACAUCACACGCACAAAACAACACGAUGGAACCAAAUCGCACAAGCAGGCUCCAGCUGUGCCCCCGCGCCCUGCCCCCUCUGUGCUGGCUCACCGUCAGUCACAAGCCGCAUCUCACGGUGUAUCAUUGGUCAUUCCUGCAGCGGUGCACUAUGCUCAGGUCAAAUCGACUGGAGCUGAUGCGCAUCACGAAGAAACGAGCACUACCCGCCGCCUGUUGUCAAAGCUUGGUGUCAGAGACGACGCUGCAAGCACUGGCACUGCUGGAGCUUCUGGUCCUGGCUCGACAUCUACGACCGCCGGGAUCACUGAGCCGCAAGAAGGCGGCGUGAAGGAGGCCAUCGCGACAUUUGGCAACCUGAUUGAUCGCUUGCGCAGCAAGUCAAGGAGUGAUGGCGCGCCAGAGCUAGACUUGCCCCGUGCAUCUAGUGGCGGUGACAAGGCCUACAAGGCUCACAUUAUUGAAACCCAGCUCGAUUCCAAGCAGCGAAUUCAGUAUGUCGUGACUGUGCAGCCUCUUGCACCGGCCCCUGCUGCUGCUGCUGCUGCUGCUGCUGGGAAUGACAAUACUGCCACUGGUGGUCACGACGCUGUCACGUUGGCCCCGCUUGCAUCCACCAACGACCCGUCCACACUAGGCGCGCCAGACACGGCUCAUUCCUCGUCCGAAAACGCGCAAUAUCCGUUGCCUGCUGUGCGAGAGACCGGAUGGGUUAUUGUUCGGUCCUUCCGCGACUUUUCGACCCUGCACACAGCACUCCAAAAGCUCCAGAAGGUGCGCAACAUUGAUUUCCCGAGCAGCACCCUGGAACGAACCAAUCAUGCAGCUGCUCGCGUGCAGCUCGAUACCUUUUUGCAACAGCUUCUUGCCGACCCGCAAGCGAGCCAAACCGAAGCGGUGGCAAACUUUUUGAACAUGGGUGAGGUGGUCUCGCACGCUGGAGCAAGCCACGGCGCGUCCCCAGCCCAGAUCGACGCUGAUAGCGACAGUGUGCUCGAUCGAGUUUCUGCCAAAUUCCGCUUGAUCAAGGAGAAACUUGUCGAUGACAAAGACCCCAAAGACGGGCCAAAGAAGGUUUCGGGCAAGCUGUUUUCGUCCUUUUUGCAUGGCAGUGAUGAAGACAUCCAGGCUGCUGAGGCAACCGCUAGCGUGCAUCCAACAGUGCCCGCUUCAGCAGAGGCUGCUCCGACAAGGUUGGCAAGCGUGGACUCGGAUCUUGCUGCUUCGCCUCUCGAUAGCCUUCAUGGUGCCACUGCCAGUCGCAACAGUCCAGAUGCCAGCGGAAUUCCGAGUCGUGCUCGAUCCACACCCGAGCCGCAAGCCGCACCAUCAGACAGCAGCUCUGUUGCCGCGGCGUCUACCACGACCGACGACAACGAGGAUGUGUUUUCGGAAUCGGAGCUGUCCUUCAUUAGCGGGGAGGACGGCGACCUGUUGAUUGAAACUGGAUUUGCGUUGAUGGACGAGCUCUUCAUGCUCAAAGACGAAGACAAGUGGCUGCGUCGCCAAGCCGUGUCUGUCCUCAAGCAAGUUUUGCUUCAGAUGCACGGUGAAACAAUCAAUCGCCGCAUCAUCGAGUCGAUGCACGCCAUGACCAACGAAAAGCAGUGGGCCGUAUUCUUUGAGCGCCUCAACCGUGAUAUGGCACCGCUUUCCGCCGCUGCUGGCACGUCGUCGGUGACGGCACUGUCACGCUCCAGCUCUGUGCGUUCUGAGGACGACAAGGCUCGCACUCGCGCAGAUGCGCAAGCCGAGCUGCUCGCCUGCAUCCCAGAAGCACUGCAGCAUGUUGUCGGCCGAUCCAACGCCAUCAGCGGCGUGACGCGUGCGUUCGACAUGUUGCAGCACGACAUUUUGACCAAGCACCUGCUCUACACGAUGCUCGAUGCGACGCUCGUCGCGCUCUUCACCCCGGACUCUUAGAGCCACGAAGAGUUGUUGGACCCCUUUUUUCUUUUUUUUCCUUUUUGUUCUUUUAUUUGAUGCGUAGCUGCUCCGAGACGGUCGGACCCGUACGCAUUGUUGUUUCUGGUUGGUGUUGUUGCACGCUUUCUGUGUUGAUCAUGUGUGUGUGUGUGUGUGUGUCGCCUUUGUGUUUGUUCGCCUUUCCCAGUAAAUAUAUCAAACCUUUGAUUUUCCCAA